AUAGCCAAACAAAGAAAGCCCUAUAAAUGGGGCAAAGAGAGUGAAGUCUUGAGCACCUUGGCUUUCUCUUUGGGAUUCUAAACUUUCCGAAAGCUGAUCAAACUUGCCGGAGUACAACGCCCAGGUGACCAUUAUAUCACAUCUGCAUGCUUUCUUUCUUUUUUAGGGAUGGGAAGAGGAAAGAUAGAGAUCAAGAGGAUAGAGAACACCACAAAUCGUCAGGUGACCUUUUGCAAGCGGAGAAAUGGCCUUUUGAAGAAAGCUUAUGAACUGUCUGUGCUUUGUGAUGCUGAGGUUGCCCUAAUCGUCUUCUCCAGUCGCGGCCGCCUCUAUGAGUACUCCAACAACAACAUAAAAUCAACCAUCGAUAGAUACAAGAAGGCGUGUUCAGACAGUACAAAUACAAGUUCGAUAACAGAAAUUAAUGCUCAGUACUACCAACAAGAGUCAGCAAAGCUGCGGCAACAGAUUCAGAUGCUACAGAAUUCUAACAGGCAUCUGAUGGGGGACUCCUUGAGUUCCCUAACUGUGAAGGAGCUUAAGCAACUGGAAAAUAGGCUUGAGCGAGGCAUUACUCGCAUCAGAUCCAAAAAGCACGAAUUGUUGCUGGCUGAAAUUGAGUACUUGCAGAAAAGGGAGAUUGAGCUUGAAAAUGAAAGCGUCUGUCUUCGAACCAAGAUAGCAGAAGUGGAAAGGCUUCAACAAGCAAACAUGGUGAGUGGCGCAGAGCUGAAUGCAAUCCAAGCAUUAACCUCCCGCAAUUUCUUUGGUCCUCACAUGAUCGAUGGAGGAGCUGCUUACUCUCAUUCCGACAAGAAGAUCCUCCAUCUUGGCUAAACGGAUGGGGAGCAAUGGAGCUACUGCUACUGCUACGUUUUAUAUGGAUGGGUCUUAUGGAAUCUAUAAAAUAAAGAUAUCAAAACUCUAUUGCUAUCGAUUAUGUGUGUGAAUCUCAUGUUCCUGCCUGAUACAUGGAAAAUGGAACUGAUUAUGGAUUUUCUGCUUAGCUAAGUACUCUGUUUGGAUUUUGCUGUAAUUGUACUUACGACUAGAUUAGUCACUGAUUCAUCCUUCAAUUCAAGACCAGUGACACUGCUAGUUUCUAUUAAUUGUCAACGUAUCUUGCUGGUUUUUUAUUUUUCAA